AUGCCGCUGGUGCGCUACCGGAAAGUCGUUAUCCUGGGCUACCGGGCCGUGGGCAAAACCUCCCUGGCUCACCAGUUCGUGGAGGGGAAGUUUAUGGACUGUUAUGACCCCACAGUGGAGAGCACCUACAGCAAGAUGGUGAUGGUGGGCAAGGACGAGUUCCACCUGCAGCUGGUGGACACAGCCGGGCAGGACGAAUACACCAUCCUGCCCCACUCCUUCAUCAUCGGCAUCCACGGCUACGUGCUGGUGUACUCGGUGACGUCGCUGCGGAGCUUCCAGGUGGUGAAGACUCUUCACAACAAGCUCUACGAGAGCAGGGGGAAGACGCGCAUGCCCGUGGUGCUGGUCGGCAACAAGGCGGACCUGUCCCUGCAGAGCCGACAGGUGAAGACAGAUGAAGGCAAGAAGCUGGCGGAGUCGUGGGGGGCCAUCUUCCUCGAGUCCUCGGCCAAGGAGAGCCAGGUGACCCAGGGCAUCUUCACCAAGAUCAUCGAGGAGAUCGACCGCGUGGACAACUCCUACGGCAGGGAGCAUGGCUGCCUCCUGAUGUGAGCCCUGCGCGGGGCCGAGCCCCCGCGGGACCUUCCCGGGGCCGCGCGGGUGCCCCCGGCGCCGCACCUCACGCACGGCCGCCCGCCCGGGGCCGCUUUGCACAGGCGCCGGGGCCGGUGGUGGGCACGGGGCCACGGAGGCGAGGGAGGCUGCCGGGCCAGGGGGCCUCGCUGGUGGUAGCCGCCGUCUCGCCCCACGCACAAGGACACGGAGCCGUCGGCUGGCUCCCCCCCGGCCGCCGGAGCGGGGCCCGGGAUCCCGUCCCGGGGCUGAGCCCCGGGCGCCUCCUCCGGCCGUCGUCCUCCGCCAACGGAGCCGCCGCCGCCACGGAGCCAGAGCUGAAUAUGGAGCUUGUUCCCAGGCA